AAACCUGAGAAGGGAAAUGGACAAAAACCCGGGAUUCAGAACUGGACAAAGACCCAGAAAUGAGAAGGCUUUCAUUCUCAAAUCAAUCCGACAAACAUGCAAUUCUAUGAGAAAAUCCAAUCCAAACAAGAACGCACCAAUCCUCGAGCAAGAAUAAUUCCCGCACGAUUCAGCUGCUGAUUUUAAUGCUGCGUUUGAUUUUACAACAGGACAGACUGAAACCGAACUAUCAGACUGUCCCUUCGUUUCUCUCCACUUCCACUCCACCUAGAGAGAGAGGGAGAGGGGCUGCUGAGGAUCGAUGGAACAGAUGUCGGGCCGUGGUGAAUUGUCGAGAAACGGUGCGGGCGUUGACUCUUAUAUAUGGGCUUCUGCUUGUUCUACCUGAUGAUGGAGAAAAGGUGGGGUUGAUGGGAAAUGGGGGAAUGUGCUUUGAACCUCUGAGAGCUGUGAUUCGUUCUCUCUCCGGCAAUUCGGUUGUGCUGCUGCGUUUUUGAGUCGGCGACCCGCGUUGUUGCUUUGGUGAACCGCGUCCUCCACGUGACUCUCGCUUCUCGCGGCGAUUUGAUGCUCCGUGAAGCUAUCUGCUCUCUCCGCUCGCCAGCUGUGACCCGGCGGUUUUGAUCCUCUGCUGCUUCCCGUGCCGCGCGGAUUUGACAUUUCCUGCGGGCUUCAAUACGGUUUUCCUGCUGCGAGCGUUGAGGUCUCGACCUGACAGUGAGGGAAAUGGAGAGGAAGAUAACGAUUGGUGUAUGUGUACUGGAAAAGAAGGCUUUUUCUGCUCCGAUGGGACAAAUACUUGACAGGCUGCAGGCAUUCGGUGAAUUUGAGGUAGUGAUAUUUGGAGACAAGGUUAUUCUUGAAGAUCCAGUAGAGAGCUGGCCAACAUGCGAUUGCUUGAUUGCAUUCUAUUCCAAUGGGUAUCCCCUUGAAAAGGCAGAGGCAUAUGCAGCUUUGAGAAAGCCUUUCUUAAUUAAUGAAUUGGAACAACAGCACCUUCUUCAUGAUCGAAGGAAAGUAUACGAGCGUCUCGAAAUAUAUGGAAUUCCUGUUCCAAGAUAUGCGUUGGUUAACAGGGAAGUACUGAAUCAAGAAUUGGAUUAUUUUGUUGAGGAAGAAGAUUACGUUGAGGUUCAUGGUAAUCGGUUUUGGAAGCCAUUCGUGGAGAAGCCUGUUGAUGGUGAUAAUCAUAGUAUAAUGAUAUAUUAUCCAAGUUCAGCAGGUGGUGGUAUGAAGGAAUUAUUCAGGAAGGUUGGAAAUCGUUCAAGUGACUUCAAUCCAGAGGUUAGACUUGUUAGGCGUGAAGGCUCAUACAUAUACGAGGAAUUCAUGCCUACUGGAGGAACAGACGUGAAGGUGUAUACUGUUGGUCCUGAAUAUGCUCAUGCUGAAGCAAGGAAGUCACCAGUUGUAGACGGCGUUGUUAUGAGAAACCCUGAUGGCAAGGAAGUAAGGUAUCCUGUGCUACUGACUCCUGCUGAGAAGCAAAUGGCAAGAGAAGUAUGCAUUGCUUUUAGGCAAUCGGUUUGUGGGUUUGAUCUCUUGCGCUCUGAAGGACGCUCAUAUGUUUGCGAUGUGAAUGGAUGGAGUUUCGUAAAAAACUCUUACAAAUAUUACGAUGAUGCUGCUUGUGUUUUAAGGAAGAUGUUUCUGGAGGCAAAAGCCCCCCAUCUUUCUUCGACAAUUCCACCAGUACUCCCUUGGAAGAUCAAUGAACCAGUUCAGCCUUCUGAGGGACUGACACGUCAGGGAAGUGGUAUAAUUGGGACAUUUGGUCAAGCCGAAGAGCUACGCUGUGUGAUUGCUAUUAUUCGGCAUGGUGAUAGAACUCCUAAACAGAAAGUAAAGCUUAAAGUCACUGAAGAAAAGCUGCUGAACUUGAUGUUGAAGUACAACGGGGGGAGGCCUAGAUCCGAGACAAAGCUUAAAAGUGCCGUUCAGCUUCAAGAUUUACUGGAUGCAACAAGAAUCCUAGUGCCUCGAGCCAGAUCUGAUCGUGAAAGCAAUAGUGAGGCAGAAGACAUAGAACAUGCUGAGAAGCUUAGUCAAGUCAAAGCAGUAUUAGAAAAGGGCGGACAUUUUUCAGGUAUUUAUAGGAAGGUUCAAUUGAAACCUCUGAAAUGGAUCAAAGUUGCAAAAGCCAAUGGUGAGGGGGAAGAAGAGCGGCCCGUUGAAGCUCUCAUGGUUCUUAAAUAUGGGGGUGUUCUUACACAUGCUGGCAGAAAACAGGCAGAAGAACUUGGUAGAUAUUUCCGGAACAAUAUGUAUCCAGGAGAAGGUACCGGUUUGCUCUGCCUACAUAGUACAUAUCGUCAUGAUCUGAAAAUUUACAGCUCUGAUGAGGGUCGAGUGCAGAUGUCUGCCGCUGCAUUUGCAAAGGGACUCCUUGAUUUGGAAGGGCAAUUAACCCCUAUUCUGGUUUCCCUUGUUAGUAAGGAUUCCUCAAUGUUGGAUGGACUUGAUAGCGCCAGUAUCGAGAUAGAAGCAGCUAAGGCUAUGUUGAAUGAGAUCAUAACUUUGGGUGCGAAGAUAGGCCAUUGCAUUGGGUCCUCAGAUUGGCCCUGGAUGGCUGAUGGAGCUGGGCUUCCUGAUAAUGCAUCAGAUCUUCUACCUAAAUUAGUUGAGUUGACCAAAAAGGUGACUGAACAAGUAAAACUACUAGCAAUGGAGGAAGAUGAGAAACUCACAGAGACAAGUGUCUAUGAUGUAAUUCCUCCCUAUGAUCAAGCAAAAGCUCUUGGUAAGACCAACAUCGAUGUUGAUCGCAUUGCUGCUGGAUUACCGUGUGGCAGUGAGGGAUUUCUAUUGAUGUUUGCACGUUGGAGAAAACUUGAAAGGGAUUUAUACAAUGAACGCAAAGAGCGGUUUGAUAUAACACAAAUACCGGAUGUUUAUGACUCAUGCAAGUAUGAUCUUUUGCAUAAUGCACACCUUAAUCUUGAUGGAUUGGAUGAGCUCUUCAAAGUCGCUCAGCUACUUGCAGAUGGUGUAAUACCCAAUGAAUAUGGUAUCAACCCAAAGCAGAAGUUGAAAAUUGGCUCUAAGAUUGCUCGGCGAUUGUUGGGGAAGAUUUUAAUUGAUCUUCGAAAUACUCGUGAAGAGGCAAUCUAUGUUGCAGGUCUUAAGAGCAAGCAAGAACAACAGUCAAAACUGAGUGAUGCAGAAAAGGAUGAAUCAGAUGAUCCUUUAAAACAUCACACCUGUUAUGAAGAGUUCCGUAGAUGUAGCUCUAAUGGUGAGAAGGCGCUGGAUCAGGAUGAUGAGGAUGAUAGAGAAACCAAAUAUCGUUUGGAUCCAAAGUAUGCAAAUGUCAGGACUCCAGACCGUCAUGUCCGCACUCGGCUUUACUUCACAUCAGAAUCUCAUAUCCAUUCCCUGAUGAAUGUUCUCCAAUACUGCAACCUGGACGACUCCCUUCAGGGGGAGGACAGCCUUGUCUGCCAUAGUGGUCUGGAGCGAUUGUACAAGACAAAGGAGCUGGACUACAUGAGUUACAUUGUCUUGAGAAUGUUUGAGAACACAGAGGUGGCUUUGGAGGAUCCAAAAAGGUUCCGGAUGGAGAUGACCUUUAGCCGUGGUGCUGAUUUAUCCCCACUAGAGAUGAACGACAGUGAGGCUGCUUCGUUACACCAGGAGCACACGCUUCCGAUAAUGGGUCCAGAAAGGCUGCAAGAAGUAGGAUCAUAUCUGACGCUGGAGAAGAUAGAGAAGAUGAUACGCCCAUUCGCAAUGCCAGCAGAGGAUUUCCCUCCACCGUCAACCCCUCAGGGAUUCUCGGGUUACUUCUCCAAGAGCGCUGCUGUUCUUGAGCGAUUGGUAAAUCUUUGGCCUUUCAAUAAGCACGGCUAUGCCAAUGGAGGUAAGAAGUAGAGACCCACAUAGAGCCCAAUAGCUUUUUCUCCUGUUCAAAUUCAUUUGAGAUUUUUUGAUGUAAGUAGGAAUAAUACUACGUCCACAGAGUUAAGUCCUUUCAGAAGAAAUUUUGGCAUCACUCGGGAACGACAUACGAAUUCGAUUUCUUAUUGUUUCCUUUGUGGGCGGUUUCAAAAAUCUGAAUCGAGAACUGCUUUACGAGCAAAAUCUUGCUUUCCCUGUGAAUCACCGGACAGAGGUACACUGUGGACAUUGCAUGUACUGAGGUAAAAGUUCAACUUUUGUGGUAUGGGUUACUCUGGAAACA